GAAUGAGUAAUGAGACUUACGAGAGUAUGAGACUAAUGACUAAGAGGAAUCGGCCCAAAUCUUUGGCUCAAAAUGGGUUAAGUUUUUCACAAAGCCCAGCCCAUCCCAUCCUAUCCCAUCCCAAUCCGGCCCAUGAUUAGGUCUAGAGUGGAUCAAAAUCAGCAUAUACGUAGAACAUGCGAAUGAAUGGGACAAAUAAACAUAACAGCACAUCCACCGAAUCACAAAAUUCAAAAUAAAAAAAAAAGACUUGACCAUCAAAUUAAAAAAUAACAAACCCAAAUAUUUAAUUUUCCACUUGCUAAUCAGAAGAAAUUCCCCAAUUUCUUCAUAACAAUCCUCAAAAUCCCACUAACACUCGUACAAAUUCCUACAAUUUUCAGGAAAAAAAAAAAGUCAAAUUUGUAGAGAAAGAAAUGGCGACCCAAACAGAAGUGUAUUCGGUGUGGGGACUUCCAUCAGAAGAUGUGAAGCAGAGGGUGAAAAAUGUGAUGAACACCCUCCGAUCAGAAUUCAACGGUCCUGAUUUUGAUCCUCAUGUUACUAUUGUGGGGGCCAUCACACUGAAUCCAGAAGAUGCAGUUGAUAAAUUUAAAUUAGCGUGUAAAGGGUUGAAGGCGUAUACUGCUCAUGGUAGGGGCGUCUCCACUGGAACUUUCUUUUAUCAGUGUGUUUACCUUCUCCUUGACACCACCCCUCAGGUAGUUGAAACUAGUGAUCAUUGCUGUGGACAUUUUGGUUAUAAUCGCACCGCACCUUACAUGCCACACAUGAGCCUUCUUUAUGCGGAUUUAACUGAUGAAGAGAAGAAGAUAGCUCAAGAGAGAGCUAAUGCAUUGGACGACACCCUUGGCAACUUGAGCUUCAAAAUAAACCGUCUGGCACUGUACAAAACCGAUACUGAAGAUAAGACACUCAAAUCCUGGGAAAAGGUGAUGGAAUAUGAUCUUGAUGAAGAAGUUUAGCUGCUUGUGCAUGCUUGUUGAAAAAGCUGUUCAGCGCGCUGGUUGCUCUUGCUGUUAGAACUUAGAAGAAUCUCUACGGGUAGUUUGAUCGUAUAUGGAAACCCAACGAGUUGUGAAAGUUUAUUUAGUUCUACUUUUACAGUCUGGUUUUGUGUUGUCUUUGGUUUAAGUAGGUUGUUGGCUGACUGACUUACUUGUAAGAGUUGUAACAAUAAGUUUGAUCCAAAUUCAUUACAACUGAGAUAUGCAAACGCUAGCAUAUCUCGGCCCUCUUAUCGCAGAAAGUCCAGGCUUCUUGUUUUUUUCUUUAAAUCAUGGAGAUAUGUGUGUCAGAUUGACUAGGCCAAGCUCAUGGUUUAAGGCCUAAGUUUUACAAAUAAUGAAAUCAUACCAAGGGUCAUAUAUGUAUUAAUAAAACUCGGAUAUAUUGAUAACUUGUUGGCAGGUGGAGGUAUUCUUCCUCUUCGAAAGGUAUGGCGUUUCCUUCAGCCUCAAUUCUGCAUCUUCCGAAAGGUUUAGGAGGAUUGGGUCUUCGUAGCUCAGCUUUGGUUAAACAGGCUUUGCUUGCCCGUCGACGUUGGCGCCUCUUCCAAAACCCCCAGCUACUUCUUUCUAGAGUCCUUCGGGCCAAGUACCCUUUCUUCACUUGCUUGGACCAGUUGAUUUUACUAGGACGUCUUGGGUAUGCAGGAGCCUGAUGGAAGGGCAGGCUGUUUUGGGAAAGGGUCUAGCUUGGAAAGUUGGUUCGGGUUCGUUCUCAAGUUAGAACCCUCGUGGAUGACUGGGUUCCUUUAGACUGUCAGUUUCUGAGUUGGAAGUUCAGACUCAUGUUUCUUCUCUCAUUAUUCCGCGUUCUGGCACGUAGGACACUUCUAAGGUUCAUAUAUCAGCUCUUUGAUAAUCAGUCGACUAACAGACCGCAUCGAGCUAUGGAUGAUUUUGUUUAUUGGAAAUUUUCUAGGGACGAUCGCUUCUCCACCAAAUCAGCCUACACUUUUUUGGUUCGACAAUCUGUUGUAUUGAUAGUCUGUGCUCCAGUCCCGGAUCAAUGGUGGAAAUCCUUCUGGGGUCUUCCCCUCCUCCCCCGUUUUAAGGUGUUUUAUUAAAAGCUAAUUCAUGAUGCUCUUCCUUUAUUAGCUACUUUAGUUUCCAAGGGACUUCCAGUGGAUCCGGUUUGCCCUUUUUGUCGUAUGCAUAUGGAGACGACAUCCAUCUGCUCAGAGAUUGUCCAUCUAUUAGCUCCCUCUAGGAUUCGAUUCUCCUUGCUUUGAAUGGUACCUUCCCGGGGUCUACCACAUUUGUCGACUGGGUAGUGUCUGUGGUUUCGUACUUUAAGGAUUCCCAAGAUCUGGUUAGUCUUACAUCCUUCAUCUAUCCUUUGGACCAUCUGGAUUAUUCGAAAUGGUUACGUUUUUAGGCUGGCGGUUUGGUCUUCCUCCUUAUUUUACCAUCUUUCUCAGGAAUGGACAACUAGCGCUGUUUAGGCUCAAGAGUUUUAUCAUCAUCUUACUUCCUUGGCUAACCAUUCUCUCAACCAAGAGUUGGUUCCUUUGUGUUUGCAGGGGGAGUCUAUGGAUCACUUGGACUAUUGUUUAGUUGUUGACGGCGCCUGGCUCUGUCAUAACAAUCGGGCAGGCGCUUGCUGAAUUGUCCAGGAGGUUGCUUCGGAAAGGGUCCUUGGUGGUGGGGCGCGCGCCAGUCGAGUUACCAAUCCUCUUUCGGCAGAGUUGCAGGCCUGCUUGUGGGGCCUUUGGUCGGCAUUACAUCGAGAUCUUCUUCGUAUCCUCAUUUACACAUAUUGUGCUCCGCUGGUUUCCUUGUUCCUCUGUUCUGGAUAAUCUGACAUUUCCUGUUUCUGGUUAUUGCGAGAAUCCAAGAUCUUCUCCCUCAGUUUUCGGCCUGUCAGCUUUGUAAGGACGUAAGGUGCCUCGCAGUGGGUAGCCCCUGCACAUUGGUUGGCUGUCAGUGCUCGUGAUCGGCGCCUCCUUGGUUGGUCCUUUUAAUUUUAAUUUAGCUUUGGUUGUUAUUUGUUUGUAUUGUUAGUAUUCUUUGUCAAAAAAAAAAAAAAAAA